ACCGCACCCGAUCUAUCGCCAACCCCUACGAGGUACACUUCCGGUCUUUGGUGGCGCGGUGAUCCGAAUUUUGUUAGUUGCCCCGCCAACAAACCACAAAGAUGGCUAAACAGAUCACCCAGGAGACGUUUGAUGCUGUAGUUAAGGAGAACAUGGAGGAGUUUGAUAUGGAGGGGGAAGAGGCAGUCCAGGACGCCGUCCAACAGUUCGAGUCGCAAGGUGUCAACCUGAGCAACAUCGUGAAAACACUCAACCUGGGGUCAACACCAGGAGAAACGGAGCAUGCCGUUUUGCAGGCACUGUCCGAUCUGUCCACCUUACUCACAUCCGACAGUCCUGACCCAGAAAAACUAACGUCUGCUCUACAGGCAUUCCAAGAAGAGUGCACGGUCAGCUUCUCCCACCGCAGCCUGGCUGCCAGCACGGAUGGCUACAAGGUCAUGUUCUCAGCAUGCAACAAGUUCUGCGAUGAUACCAACAUGCUGUGCAGAUGUAUAGAAACUCUUGCUGCCUUUAUCGACGGACAACCUGAUCUAAUCAAUGAGGCGGGCAUGCAGUUUCUUAUACAAACUCUUACCAAGUUUCCUGAAGAUGCUUCGCUCCAGGCAAGCACCUUUAAGGCUAUUUACGCCACAUGUUUAAAGCAUGAGACCAACCGACAGGCAUACAUAGAGCACGGUCUACUCCCUUGUCUGACGAAGGCUCUCGAAACACACGGUACCCACAAAGAUGUGGUGAAAUCAGCGUGUGCAGUAAUGAGGGUGAUGACGUUUGAUGACGACAUACGCGUUCCAUUUGGAAAGGCACACGAACAUGCCAAAAUGAUGGUGAUGGAGAAUAAGGCAUUGGAGACACUCCUGGCUUCUUUAGCAGCUUGUACAGGGGAUACUGGAACCACAGCAGAUGUUUGCUUGACGUUGAGCCGACUGGCCGUUAGGAACGAGUUCUGUCAGGCUAUUGUCGACCUUGGAGGACUGGACCUGGUGCUGAAUGCCAUGAGGGAAAAUGUUCGACAUCAGGCUCUGGCUAGUCGGGGCAUCAGUCUGCUGAAGGCCAUAGCUGGGAACGACGAUGUGAAGACCAAAAUUGUGCAGGCAGGAGGGAUGGAGCUGAUCAUCACUGCACUCAACAUCCACAUAGGCGUGGCACAGGUGUGUGAGGAGGGUUGUGCUGCUCUGUGUGCUCUCGCUCUGCGGAACACAGACAAUGUCAAGGCCAUCAUGGCAGCCAACGGAGCUGAGACCGUGGUACAAGCCAUGAAGGUUCACAUGGACAAGGCCUCCGUUCAGCAACAAGGGUGCAUGGCCAUCCGGAACCUGGUGUCCAGGAGCAGGGAGUUUGCCGACCCCAUCCUGGAGCUGGGAGCAGAGGCCGUCAUCAACGAGGCCAGGCUUCGGCACAAGGAUGUGGAGGAUGCUGGGAAGGCUGCCAUCAGGGACCUUGGGGGACAGGUGGAGCUGAAGGAGCUGUGGAAGGGGGAGGGGAGGGGGAUCACACGCUGACGCAGAAGGGAAGAACCACAUGGGUGGCUACCCCUUUUGUCAAUCCAAAUUUUGCAUUGGUGUCUGUUUUGCAGUGUCUACGGUGUGUGAGAAAAAUAUGCCCAAGGUAUGGAAUGUCCUAAAGUCAAUGUCAUAAAUGUCAUAUGGGGCCCUUACACCAUUUUAUUCCUACAGAUUAUUAUUAUUAGAUAAUGAAGGAAUGUGUUAAGGAAAAAUAUGAGCUUCUGUGUAUAUAACUCUUGGUUUCAUUCUCACUAAGUGUUUGAAUUUUGUUCGUAUGUAAGGUAUUUUUUAAACCAGGUUGUUUGAGUAUAUUAUUGUCAUUUUGAGCUGACCUUGGGAGAAUAGAUGUAUUCUUGAUUUCUUCAGAAAUAAUUUGGAUGAGUUUAUAACAAAAGGUCAAAUAAAAUGGAGCACAGAACACAAACAAUAGCAGCAGCAAAUUUGAUGCUAUGUGCAUGUUACUAUGGUAGUGUUGAGAUGCUAAAUUUGCACUUACAUGACUAUGACAUGAUAUAUGGUCAAACCUGGAAUUUUCUGAGAUUUGAAUUUGUAUUACCUAUAUGUGGGAACACUCAUGCAGUUGUGACAAUUGACAAAUUCAUAGUUAUGCAUUACUGUAGUUUCAAGUUGCUGGCAUGACAGCCAAAUACCCUGUUGGAAGGAUCAUGGAAAACUAGUGCUAAAAUGAACCAAAACUUGAUUCCUGCCCUUUAUUCAGCAACAGCAGUUGUGACAAAUAAAAACUUCAUUCCAACCACCA